GAGAUACACGGGUCGAUCUUCUAGUGUCCUGGAAAUAUUGUUUUUUUUCCACCACGUGUAGGUUCUGGAAAAAAAAAAAAGCACAACAUCUUCUUGCCGUCACGCCGUUGUCUUUACACACGAAAACUGACUCACUGUCUCUCUUUAUCGUCUCUGCCACUUUCCAUGACUCUCGCCACUCACUCAUACGCCGCAACUGCAUCAUUGUAGAGUUCACCUUCUCGCCAUAAAUUAAGAAGAAGUGCAUUGUUUGGAGCACCAGGAGAAGUUGUUAAAUUGUGGGUCGGAAUGGCUACUCAGACAAUAGCUGAAACUGCACUGAAAAUUGUCACCCCUGAAACCCUCCUCUAUGCAGCAAAACAAUCUCAACGUUGCCUCACUGUCCCUCUCCGUCUCCGCCGUGCCAUUAAGAAAUACCUUCGAGAGCAGUCGGAGCCAUAUAUGAAGAGGAAGGUGUUGAGAUUGUCACAGUCAUUCAAUGAAAUCAAGAAUGCCAAUCUGCAGCUGGCAACCACCACAUCGAGGGAGUUAGUUGAAGACCCUUUGAAGUCUUCUGAACAAUCCAAACGUUGGAAGAUUACGAGCUCCUAUGGUGACAUUGGUCUCACUUACAGAGAUGAAGAAACAAUUGCUUAUGUGGCUUCUCGAAUGCCUGCCGUUUACUCUGCUUGUUACAGAGUACUUAAAGAGGUUCGUAGAAGGCUUCCUGGUUUCUCCCCAACCAGGGUCUUAGAUUUUGGUGCUGGAACUGGUUCAGCUUUCUGGGCACUGCGGGAAGUUUGGCCAAAAUCUUUGGAGAAAGUUAAUUUAAUAGAACCAUCACAGUCAAUGCAGCGUGCAGGUCAGAGCCUCAUACAAGGUCUCAAGGAUUUGCCACUUAUUCAUAGCUAUGAUAGCAUUCAAGCUCUGUCAACAAGUACUGGUAAAUCGGGCAGAGGGCAUGACCUUGUAGUUGCUUCUUAUGUGCUGGGAGAGAUCCCGUCGCUAAAGGAUAGAAUUACCAUAGUUCGUCAGCUUUGGGAUCUAACAGAAGAUGUUCUGGUUUUGGUUGAACCUGGAACGCCUCAUGGAUCCAGUAUUAUAGCUCAGAUGAGAUCUCACAUAUUAUGGAUGGAAAAUAGAAAACUUCGUAAAUCUUCUAAAAAGAACAAUGAAGUUUGUAAAGAUUUGAUUACUGAGAAGGCCGGUGCUUUUGUGGUUGCUCCUUGUCCUCAUGAUGGUACUUGUCCACUGGUAAAAUCUGGAAAAUAUUGUCAUUUUGUUCAGCGCUUGGAAAGGACAUCGUCGCAGCGUGCUUACAAGCGUUCGAAGGGCGAGCCCUUACGUGGUUUUGAAGAUGAGAAAUUCUCCUAUGUUGUUUUUAGAAAAGGACGAAGACCAAGUGAACCUUGGCCCCUGGAUGGUAUUACAUUUGACACUCUGAAGGAGCAGCAUGCAAAAAGAAAUCCAGAGGAUCUUGAAAUUGACUACGAGGACUGGUUGAAGUUGCAACAAGCCGACGAUGAUGCUCCUCGUGAAAAAGAUGUAGUAAAAUAUGAUUCUGAUCCUAAUGACGAUGAUAAUGAAGAGAAUGAGGAAAUUGAAGAAGAAACAGAGAGUGCUGAUCUUGGAGGUGGCUGGGGAAGAAUUGUGUACAUGCCUCUUAGAAGGGGUAGACAAGUAGUAUUGAAUGUGUGUAAGUCAACCAAAAGGGAUGGCUCAGAGGGUUCAUUUGACCGUAUGGUCGUAACAAAGAGCCAGAAUCCUACCUUGCAUCAUCAAGCCAAGAGAUCUAUUUGGGGUGAUUUGUGGCCAUUCUGAAGCAAAACCAUUUGUUAGUUUUAUUUGUCAUUUAUUACUGUGCCACUUUUAUAUGUAUCAGUGUUUAAGGGCCAUAUCUGCUUAAUUAAAAUAAGAAAUUUCUCAUGUUUUUUUUUCUUUUUUGAAGUAGCUCUUUUCAUUAUAUUCAUGAUAAAGGGAUUAGAACUAUGUGUGAAAAUGAAGCCACUAGGUUUAGGUUUGAUGUAGUGGUGAGGGGUUUGGGUAGUACGCUAUAAGUCCUGGGUUCGAUCCCCAGCUCAUUGUAAAAACUAUGUUUUUUUUGGUACAUUUGUAAAAACUAUGUGUGAAAAUGAAGAUAUUUUAGUUGUAUAAA